AAAAUAAUCACAAACAUCGUACGAUUAUAACCUCCUCCUAAUGUUUUGUGUGUUAAUAUAAUGCAUUUAAAAUGACGCAAGCUUAUAACUAUUACAGUGAGUUUCAAAAGAACGCAGAAUUACAACAAAAUCUUAAAUACAAGCAAAAAUACCGAAGAUUAAAGAGAAUUGUGAAGGACACAGUUAUUGAAAAUGCAGCACUAUGUGAUCAAGUUGCACAAAUGCAGGAGAAUCUCAUGCUUGUGAAAGAGGAAAGAUUAUUCCUUCUACGUAAAUUAUGUCAACAACAAGGAGACAUAGACCCUUCCACGAUGUUACCUAGAUCUCAGUCGAAUAGUGUUAAUUCAGCUUCAUUUAAUCUAGAAUCCUCUACACCUAAGAAAGCUGCAAAGAAAAGAGUUUCAACAGACGGUUCAGAACCAAAAAAUAAAGCUAAACGUUACAACAAAACAAUGAGGAAAGUAGUUCAAUUAAUACCAUUAGAUGUACAUGGAAGACCUAUAUUUCCUAUCGCUUUGGGUGACCUUACUGUAUACUCACUUGGUGAAGUAGUAUCCGAUAGGAUAGCAUAUCAUACAGAAGAUCUCAUUUAUCCAGUAGGCUAUUGCAGUACAAGAAUAUAUGCCAACUUAAGAGAUGUAAAAUCAAAAAGCUUAUAUACUUGUAAGAUAUUAGAUGGUGGACAGAAACCAAGGUUUGAAAUAGUAUCGGAUAAUGACCUUGAUCAAGCAUUGGUUGGAUCUAGCCCUGAUGAGUGUCAUUCAAAAUUAUUAGUUGCAAUUUCUCCUCUGCUUCGUUCAAUUGCACCGAAAGGUGCUGAUUUUUUUGGGAUUUCGCAUCCUACUGUACAAAAUCUUAUACAAAGCACACCUGGGACACGUAAACUGGCCAUGUACAAGCAACAACGAUUUGAAGUAAGUAAAAAUCAAACAAUGGAAAGAGGUACGAGUCCAAUAACAGAGGAAGAGACAGAUCCAGGACUUGGAUUUGCUGCUCUACACAGGCAUUAUGCUUUAACGAAUUCUUAUAGAAUUAAAGAAGAACCUUCCGAUCAUGAUCUUUUAGCUCUACAAGAUUUUCUUGCAUAAUUUUUACAUUACUCGUGACAAAAUUUAUUCUGGUCAUAGCAAAAGUUAACUGAGACCUUUGUGUAUUAAUGAUACAUGAAUUUUAUUGUCUCAAAUAUUGCUACUUACAUUAUUUAUAUUGAAACAUGGUUUAGAAAACUCCAGUAUAUUAAAAACAAAUUCUCUUCAGUGUAAUAUAUACAUACAAUAAAUAUGUAAGAGUGGAUGAUAUUUUUGUA